UCCGCUUUUGCAAAAGAGCAAAUAGAGACAUUUCCAAUCCCCUUCCCUUUCUUUUCGUUAAGCAGAGAAAGACGAGAGGGUUCCGACAAUGGCGUCACCGUCGUCCCCAACGUCGUCGUGCAGCUCCUCCUACUCCUCGUCGUUUUCGAACGCCAAAUUCUCGUAUCUUCCAGUAAUGGCGCUCCGCGAAAAAAUCGUGGAGAAAAUUCUCGAUAAUCGCGUCACUCUCAUUGUUGGCGAGACUGGUUGUGGGAAAAGCUCGCAAGUUCCGCAGUUUCUUCUAGAGGCGAAUUUGAAGCCCAUUCUAUGUACACAGCCUAGGAGAUUCGCCGUAGUUGCUGUUGCUAAAAUGGUGGCAAAAGCUCGAAAUUGUGAAAUUGGUGGAGAAGUUGGAUAUCACAUCGGCCAUUCAAAGCACUUAUCACCAAGGUCUUCGAUUGUUUUUAAAACUGCUGGAGUUCUAUUGGAUGAAAUGCGAGAUAAGGGGAUGCAUGCGCUUGAUUACAAGGUCAUUGUUCUUGAUGAAGUGCAUGAAAGAUCGGUGGAAUCCGAUCUUGUUCUUGUUUGUGUGAAGCAGUUUAUGAUGAGGAAUAACAACUUGAGGGUGGUUUUGAUGUCUGCAACUGCUGAUAUUGCAAGAUACAAGGAUUACUUUAAGGAUCUUGGCAGAGGUGAACGAGUGGAAGUGCUUGCAAUCCCUACGUCCAAUCAGAAAGCCAUUUUUCAGCGAAGGGUUUCUUAUCUUGAAGAGGUUGCUGAUCUUCUCAAUAUCAAUUCAGAGUCGCUUUCUGCUAGUUAUUGUUCAGGUCCAAGUCCUUCUAUGGCCAAAGCUGAUAUUAAGGCUAAAGUGCACAAACUUAUUCAUGAUUUGGUGUGGCAUAUUCAUGAGCAUGAACCAGACAUUGAAAAGAGCAUUUUGAUUUUUCUUCCAACGUACUAUGCACUGGAGCAGCAAUGGUUCCUUCUGAAGCCAUUUAGUUCAUCUUUUAAAGUUCACAUUUUACAUAGCAGCAUUGACACUGAACAAGCUCUCAUGACUAUGAAGAUUUGGAAAUCCCAUCGUAAAGUGAUACUGGCCACAAAUAUUGCAGAGUCGUCAGUAACAAUACCCAAGGUGGCCUAUGUUAUUGAUUCAUGCCGAUCUUUACAAGUUUUUUGGAACAGUUAUCAGAAAAAGGAAUCUGCAAAGCUUGUUUGGGUUUCUAAGUCUCAGGCCGAUCAGCGUAGAGGGAGAACUGGUCGAACUUGUGAUGGCCAGAUUUAUCGGUUGGUUACUAGACCAUUUUUCAUCCAGUUUGACGAAUACGAGGGUCCCUCUGUACUGAGGUUAUCAUUGCGGCUGCAAGUGCUUCAGAUCUGCUGUGCUGAAUCUAAGGCCAUUAAUGAUCCCAAAGCUUUGUUGCAGAAGGCUUUAGAUCAACCACAUCCUGAAGUUGUUGAAGAUGCAUUGGAUUUGCUUGUUCAUAUACAAGCAUUAGAAAAAACAUCUCCAAGGGGCCGGUAUGAGCCAACAUUUUAUGGGAGGUUGCUUUCCAGUUUGUCUUUGUCUUUUGAUGCUUCUCUGGUUGUACUCAAGUUUGGAGACAUUGGAAUGCUGCGUGAAGGCAUUCUUCUGGGCAUAUUAAUGGACACACAACCUCUACCUAUCCUUCGUCCUUUUGGAGAUGAAAUUUUGUUUGCAGAAUAUGCUGACAGCUACUUUUGUGGAGAUGAUGGCAAUACUGGCCUAACUGGUAGGAAGGAGAUGGUAUUCAUGGCAAACUUGUGCGCAUUUCAAUUUUGGCAACGUGUUUUCAAGGAUAACCACCGUGUUGAGCAUUUGAAGCAACUUCUUAAGUUUGAUGAGAUGAAAGCUACUGCGUUCCUGCUUCCCGAGAUUGAAGAAGAUUGGUGCUCUUUCCAUAAUCUUGUGCAGUCGUCACUAAAACAUGUAUCUGAAAUAUAUGAAGAUAUACUAGAUUCAGUGCACCGGUAUCGGCCCAAGUUUUUGUCUACAUCUAAUGGCCUUCCAUCCUACUAUGAUCCUUAUGAAUUUGAGCAUAUAUGCCUCCUUACAUGUCAACAACCAAAUGAAGAUACAGAUGCUCUUGCUACAGAUGAUAAACACCUUGAGCCAUCUAGUGAAACAAUGAAAUGUGUCGCUGUACCUUUUGUUGCUCCAAAUAACUUCCAAAACAAUGAUGUGGCAAAAAAAUUGGCAACCAUAAUGAAACAGAUACGAGUCCAGCAUACAGAAGAUUUAUCUAGUAAUCAGGAUUUAGAUGUUGAUGAUGGCUAUCAUGUCAAUGGGGAGGCUUCUAUUUGUGUAUAUUUUGUUAAUGGAUCCUGCAACAAGGGCAGUCAAUGCCUGUUUUCUCAUUCACUUAAAGCAAAGAGACCCCCAUGCAAAUUUUUCAAUUCUGCCCAGGGUUGUCGAUAUGGAGCGUCAUGCUUCUUUUCUCAUGAUGAGAGUUCAUCAGUGACAUCAUCUAACUCAACUUUAUGCCUGCCAGAAGGUGGAGAAGCCAAAGCUACAUCGCUUAUACAAUUGUUGCCCACUGAUGGAUGCAUUCUCUUAUUGGAUGACACCAAUCUACAAUUUUCCUCAAAUUUUGCUAGACAUUAUGAUCCAUCAAAAAUAGUUUCUACCACUGGUUUGUCAGACACAUCCAUAUUUGACUCAUCACUGACUGGUGUCAAAAUUUUGUGGGGGCUCUAUCAUCCAUAUGAGACAAUCAUUUCCAAAGCAGGGGAGAGCCAAAUCCCAUGGAACGAAGUUAAGUGUGUGCUAUGGUUUCCUAAUUUCGAUAGCUACAGUGAGAACUUAGAUAGACAGAAGCUUCUCUUGCAGAAUUUCUUCGAGUAUCUUGCCGUCCGAAUGCUGGCUGAUGACUUGGACAAUGUGCGAGUUAUUCUCACUAUGAACAAUAUCAGGUUUGCACAGCUGCAGGUGGAAAAGUUGGGCAGGGAGAGCUUCCUCUUCCUUACGGAGUCAUUUCCAUUUGAUGACGCCAGCUUUGGGGAGUUGCCAGACAAAGUCAGCACAAACAAGCCGAUGAUGGUUUCGAGGCCCAUUUCGUACGUUUUCGACUUGCACCGACCUUCAGACAUUCAGUUUGGUGACUAUGCAGCCGGACUUCACAGUUUUCUUCAUCAUGAGAUCCAGGAAGAUGUGUAAAAAGUCAUCAUCUGCUGGACCUGUAUAAUAAGCUUUACUAGUUACUAAGAUUUGGCGGUCGGAUUAUCGAUAGAUAUUUACCUUUUCUUACUUAGGUCUUCAAAUGUUCCCUAUUUACCCAAAUUCUGAACUUUCUGUUUUCCUAGUAUUUUUAACUCCUCAUCAAACUCUGGAAGUAUAUUUUUUAUAAACAAUUUUAAACUCA